CUGGCCCCGGAGAAGUUGAAGUUCACCGCGCUCUGCCAUUUGGAGUCGGUCCCAGCUCGCACCAUUCCGCGCUGCCUCCUCGCGCUUUUGUUUCUGGAAGCUGAAGGGGGCGUGUGGCAAGGCUUUUGGACCAGCCAGGGACGUUUGUCCGGCUGCAGCGCCAGGGAUGCUCUGAGGACGGCUCUGGAGGUGGCUGGGACCGCUCCAGGCGCCGGGCCGCGUAAUCCCUGCGCUAAGUGCUUGGCUCGCAGUCUGCAGUCACUAGUGGGAGCUGGAGAGGGCGAGUGAGAAAAAUUCCAGCGGCGGCGGAGCGGGAGGAGGGACAGGAGCUACGGCGGCGGCGGCAGAGGCAGCGGCGGCGGCAGAAGUUGCCGGCGUGGUGCUCGUAGUGAGGGCGCGGAGGACCCGGGACCUGGGAAGCGGCGGCGGGUUGGAGUUCAAGGUACUCGUUAUAUGUGACAGGAAGUGAAGCUCAUUCAAUGCCUUGCUGAGGAAGAUCAACAUACAAAACAGGUACCACCCAGAAGAGCCAUCCCAGAAUGUGUGAGCAGACUUUCAGGAGGCAGGAGCUGAGGUCUUGCUGUGUCUAAGAGCUAAGGUGAUGACCUUCAGUGGCUUUAAGUGCACAUGACAUUUCGUAUGAGCAGACGGAGGGGAACUGUCUUCAGACAGGCUGGUUAACUUCGGCUGAAUCACAACCAUUUGGCGCUGAGCUAUGACAAGAGAGCAAACAAAAAGUUAAAGGAGCAACCCGGCCAUAAGUGAAGAGAGAAGUUUAUUGAUAACAUGCUCUUACGAAGCUCUGGAAAAUUAAAUGUGGGCACCAAGAAGGAGGAUGGAGAGAGUACAGCCCCCACCCCUCGGCCCAAGAUCCUACGUUGUAAAUGCCACCACCACUGUCCGGAAGACUCAGUCAACAAUAUCUGCAGCACAGAUGGGUACUGCUUCACGAUGAUAGAAGAAGAUGACUCUGGAAUGCCUGUUGUCACCUCUGGAUGUCUAGGACUAGAAGGGUCAGAUUUUCAAUGUCGUGACACUCCCAUUCCUCAUCAAAGAAGAUCAAUUGAAUGCUGCACAGAAAGGAAUGAGUGUAAUAAAGACCUCCACCCCACUCUGCCUCCUCUCAAGGACAGAGAUUUUGUUGAUGGGCCCAUACACCACAAGGCCUUGCUUAUCUCUGUGACUGUCUGUAGUUUACUCUUGGUCCUCAUUAUUUUAUUCUGUUACUUCAGGUAUAAAAGACAAGAAGCCCGACCUCGGUACAGCAUUGGGCUGGAGCAGGACGAGACAUACAUUCCUCCUGGAGAGUCCCUGAGAGACUUGAUCGAGCAGUCUCAGAGCUCGGGAAGUGGAUCAGGCCUCCCUCUGCUGGUCCAAAGGACAAUAGCUAAGCAAAUUCAGAUGGUGAAGCAGAUUGGAAAAGGCCGCUAUGGCGAGGUGUGGAUGGGAAAGUGGCGUGGAGAAAAGGUGGCUGUGAAAGUGUUCUUCACCACGGAGGAAGCCAGCUGGUUCCGAGAGACUGAGAUAUAUCAGACGGUCCUGAUGCGGCAUGAGAAUAUUCUGGGGUUCAUUGCUGCAGAUAUCAAAGGGACUGGGUCCUGGACUCAGUUGUACCUCAUCACAGACUAUCAUGAAAACGGCUCCCUUUAUGACUAUCUGAAAUCCACCACCUUAGACGCAAAGUCCAUGCUGAAGCUAGCCUACUCCUCUGUCAGCGGCCUAUGCCAUUUACACACGGAAAUCUUUAGCACUCAAGGCAAGCCAGCAAUCGCCCAUCGAGACUUGAAAAGUAAAAACAUCCUGGUGAAGAAAAAUGGAACUUGCUGCAUAGCAGACCUGGGCUUGGCUGUCAAGUUCAUUAGUGACACAAAUGAGGUUGACAUCCCACCCAACACCCGGGUUGGCACCAAGCGCUAUAUGCCUCCAGAAGUGCUGGACGAGAGCUUGAAUAGAAACCAUUUCCAGUCCUACAUUAUGGCUGACAUGUACAGCUUUGGACUCAUCCUCUGGGAGAUUGCAAGGAGAUGUGUUUCUGGAGGUAUAGUGGAAGAAUACCAGCUUCCCUAUCACGACCUGGUGCCCAGUGACCCUUCUUAUGAGGACAUGAGAGAAAUUGUGUGCAUGAAGAAGUUACGGCCUUCAUUCCCCAAUCGAUGGAGCAGUGAUGAGUGUCUCAGGCAGAUGGGGAAGCUUAUGACAGAGUGCUGGGCGCAGAAUCCUGCCUCCAGGCUGACGGCCCUGAGAGUUAAGAAAACCCUUGCCAAAAUGUCAGAGUCCCAGGACAUUAAACUCUGACGUCAGAUACUUGUGGACAGAGCAAGAAUUUCACAGAAGCAUCGUUAGCCCAAGCCUUGAACGUUAGCCUACUGCCCAGUGAGUUCAGACUUUCCUGGAAGAGAGCACGGUGGGCAGACACAGAGGAACCCAGAAACACGGAUUCAUCAUGGCUUUCUGAGGAGGAGAAACUGUUUGGGUAACUUGUUCAAGAUAUGAUGCAUGUUGCUUUCUAAGAAAGCCCUGUAUUUUGAAUUACCAUUUUUUUUAAAAAAGAAAGAUACUUUAAUUUUUACCAAAAUAAAACAAAUAUUGUAGAUGUUUGAAGGUUUAUACAGCUAUAGUUUAAAUAAUAACAAAAGGUCUUCCUAGAAAUGUUCCUGGAAGUCAAAAUGUUUUCUCCAUUGGCAAAAUACUCUUGCACUCUAGAAAACAGAACAGCCUGUGAACAUAAAUUAGAAUUCAACUUACUGCCCGACACACCUCAGACUGUUUGGGCCAGCCCUGCUCUGGGCUGCCAGUGCAGAGUCAAUGCGCACGCAUACAAGUCCCCCCUGCCUGGGACCACAGCUUGGACUCCUCCUGCAGCUUCAGCCAGAGUGAAACAAAUGAAGGGUUGGUGUCACUGGUAGGAUUAUGUGUUGGUGGGUUCUUCGGAGCCACUCCUGCUCCUGGGUGUGGUAGGCAGCUCUUUCAGGCAAUGCCUCCUCCCCCCUUGCAUUAAACACCAGCAAAGCUUUCUCAUGAGCUGCUAAGAAUCGACAUGUGCCUACUUUUGUGCUCAUAGAUCAGAAGAUCAAUAUUAAAUAAAACUGUCAGGAAUGUAGUAGAGAGAGACAGGGGGAUUUAAAAAUGGAAGUGAUUUGGGCGUGUAUUAUAAGGAAGACGUGCCAGUGAGGCAGAGCGGAGGCUGAAGGAGCAGCAGAUACAUGGCUUGUUCCUUCUAUGUGCAUAAGAACCCAUCACAGCAGCCCAGGAAAGAAGUGUGCACGGCACAGUUUGUAUAGAUAUGUAUAGUUUUAUGUUGUCGUGUUGUCUAAAUCUCUGACUUCAGAGACAGAGAGGAAGCAUCUGAUCUGUCAGGUUAAUGUCCCUACACUUUAAUUUAAAAAUAAGCAGAGGAAAGUUGAUGAGGUCAUCAAACAUCAUGGCUGUUGUGAUUUCUCCUAGAAUAGAUAUAUGGGUCUGGUAUGGACCUCUUACAUGGACAUUUCACACCUUAGGUACAACUCAUUUACUCUCAUGUGCAUUUCACUUCUAAUUUAUUCUGUUUCUCUAGUAUAGCACGUACGCAAAACAUCUUGUGAUUCAGUCCUGGGAGGUCUUAACUUUUGACUCUCUGUGCGAAAUCACUUAUAUGACCAGUAUUCCUUAGAAACAGGACGGAGAUAAAGUGUAAAAUGGCACACGGCCCUCUCAACUUUCUUCACAUAGUUCCUUACUCUGUUUCUUCCAUAAAGGUUAGAAAUUGCGUUCUUGUUAUUAAGAAAGGUGGAAGUACUUCCUAUGCCUUAGAAAGUGACAUUCCUCCCAGAUUCCUCCAGGGGGCAGUGUUUUCCUAUGCAUCUCACCACUGGGUGCGUGAAAGAUGGAGACCUUAGGAAAAAUUGACAGCUGCAUGAGAAAUGAGGGAAUGUUUUACCCCUUUUCUGGAGUAGACGUUCAUCUGGAAAAAAGUCCUGGAGCUCAGUGUCUUUGCGCUGUACCUGGAGUUUAGGAAAACUGUAAAGAAAAGCAUCCCUCUGUGUUUCACUCUACGGUACUGCAGGGCCACAAUUUAGUUUCCACUACAAUAGAUUUACUCAGUUCUUAAAUUUGAAAAGAUAAAAACUGGUUGUUAAUUUAACGGUCAUCACAUUUUGCUCUUACUGAGGUCAGUGCAAGCUAAGCCAUCGAAGCGCCUUUUCUCUGUUAAAUUAUAUUUGCUGAAGUUUUCCCAUUUAUUCCUGUCUAAGUAUGGCAGUCACCUGAGCCUGGAAGAAAAACCUUAUUGCCUCUAGACAGAUCCAUCUGUAAACACGUACGGAAGCAUUUUGCCAGUUUAGUGGGUACAUUUUGAUUUUUAUUUUCUGGGUUUUUCUUAGGUUUAAGUGAGGUUGUGGGGACCUCUUGGGUCAAACUGUAUUUUCUUAUUGGUAGAUUUUAAAAUGUGUGCAAAUUUAAAUCAGAAUGUUUUGUGAGGAAGCUGUUGAUGAUUUAAAGUGUUCUAGAUUUCUAGGGUUCCUGCGAAAAACGGGGAGAAAUUUGAGUGUCAAAAUUUCAUCUAUGUGGCUCAUUUUAUUGCUUUGGGGAAAAUCAACUGCUUAUUUGCUAAUUAUUGACCUUAUUUAUUCAGUAUAAACUUCUUGAAAUUAUUGAGAUCCUUUAAAAAAUCCACUCAGUUAUUAUGAAUUUUCAAUAAGAAUUUAUAAUUUAUUUAUGAAUAUAAUUUCUGUCUUAUGAAAUCCUAAUUGAUACAACUAAGCUGUUAAGGACUACCUGUUGACUUUCCAGUAAUCCAUGAUAACCUUUAAACUUCUAGCAUCUCAGAAAAAUACAUUUAUUUUAUUUUAUUUUUUUCUCUAACUUCCUGCAAAUUAAUAAUAUAAUUGACUGCUGCUUACCCUCAGGACUCUUUCAAAGAGCAAGAUUUUCUUCUAACUUCUCUCCCCUGAAGGAAUCCUAAAUUAUUAAUUGUUAGAUAAGCUUUAUGUGUCCAAGUUUGUGGUUGAUGUGUGUGUGUAUAUAGUAUAUAAAUAUAGAUGUAUAUGUAAAUAUGUUCAUUCUGGAGUCUGGCACAACUCUAGUAUGUGGAUUAGAAAGUAAAAUAUUAUGGAUGAUAAAGUCCUAAAUGAAGAUUAAUAUUUAUUUAUGGAAGCAUGUACAUUGUGAACUCCCAAAUGAAAAGCAGUUAAACAGUGUGUAUGACUCAGGCAGCGCACCCCGAUGUUGCUCCUGCCCGUUCUUUAUACUCCCCCAACAGAAAGCUUCUUAGGGGACAUGCUGGACUUGGCUUCCAGGAAAUUUGCUGGCACAUUUCGUUUGGUGUGUGGUCCAGGCUCACAAGUCCCUAAUAAUCACCAGUUUUCAUGUUCCUCAGGCCAACCAGAUUCAUCACACUUCUUGGUUUAUGGAUGGAAAGGCAAUGAGAAUACAUUUUUUUUAAACUUGAACAUGUUUUGGUGGUUACACCAUCUCAGAAACUCCCAGUCCCAUAAAGAGUGGAAAGGAAAGGGGCUGUGUCAAAAAUGAUACAAUUUAACAGAACUGACUGUUAGAGAAACUAAUGCCAUAGAUUUUAAGAGAAAAAUUGGUAAUAUUUAGGGAGAGCAGUUCUUUUCUGUUUGUUUCAAAACAAGACUCAUUUGUGUUCUAUCGGGGAACCAGUGCCUUAUGGAAUUUGUAUAUACUGUAAUUAUUCAGGGUUAGGGAACAAACAGUUGUAUUUGUUACAAAUUGUGUAUGACUUGUUUUCUUAUUUCCCUCAAUAAAAUGGUGUCAUUCUCCCCAUUCAAAAACUAUGACUGGUGUUUCAUAGUUGGGCCUUUUCUUUGUCUUUGAAAUGACCUCAUGACAGCAGCUGGGAAGGGCAGCCUCUGAGGAGGCAGAGGCAGGUACGUCUGUGCACCAGCAUCCUGAGGUAAGAAUGAACUGGCGUCUUCCACUUUCUGUUUAGGGAACGCUGUCAUCUCCUGGGGGUGAGUAGUUGGUAGGUAACAGGACAGAGUCCUGACGGUGUCAGCACUUGAAUAGUGUGCUAGUAUUCACUGAGGGGGUAUGACUGAUAAUCCAGAUCUGGGGGAGCAAGACUGAGAGGCAGAGGGUGUCAUCUGAGGUAGUAGGCUUGGAUUAGUAGACAUGAUUGUUGGUGAUGAAAACCUGGAGUUCAGGUUUUGGGAUUGGCUUUUGUGUAUUUUGAAAUCCUCAGUAUGGUAGAUGCUUUACAAAGAUUGCAAGAGAGUGAAUUCUCCGAAGCGGACCAUGGGAGGACGAGUAAGAAGUCAGUGGAGUAAGGAUUAGGUUUAGAGAUGGACUUGAAGGGACCUAAUGAUCUGAAGGGCAAGAAAUAAGGGUUACAGCAAGGGAGCCUCAUGAUAUGAGAGAAACUGGCUAUUUUGGUUUUAGGAAUGAGACUCUUAUCUCAGAAGCACCCCUCAACAUGAAACAAGAACUAGAAAGCCCUCUGCAAAGAGGAAAUGGGGUGGGGGUGGGGAGGCUAUUUGUUGAGUGUGGAUCUGGAGGACAGCUUGGGAAGCCUGAGUCCGAGGGACUCUAUUUGAGAUUGGAAACAGAGAGGAAGCCCAAGACUGUUUGCAUUGGGCAGCUAGAAUGGUUUGAAUCAUAGAAACUAGGGAUUAAAAGGCCUGACAUUUGGCAUUUUAGUCUCUUACCCUUGUGCCAAGAAAGUACACCCCAAUAUUUGGGGUUCAGAUGAGCUUAACUCUGUUCUCCCCUUUUCCUUUUAUGAUUCUUCAGGAACAUAUACUCUGUGAGCUCCCAAUAUUUUCAACCAUACCUUGAGAUAAAAUGCCUUUCCACCCUUUCCUCCAGGCUCUUAAAAACUGGAAUGAAUAUAUGAGCACAGAGCUGCUCAUGAUGGGAGAGCUAUGGCUGCUCAUCAGCCCAGCUUUGCUUUUCUGGGACUGAGGAGCAUUCUUUACCUGGUACCAUCAAUUGACAGGGAGGAAUAGAUUCAGGGCAAGGUCAAUCUCAGAACUCUAAUGACCUCAUAGACGUGCUUUUGGGGUUGAGAGCUCACUGAUUUGACCUUGACAAAAACAUUUGCAUAUUGUCCAACAUGUGGGACAACAUCAGUGAAACUUGCAGCUACUGAAUCUCAAAGAGGGAAGAGGUUGAGACUAAAGUGUAUUGUGGAACAUGGGUUGUAUUUGCUUUGUGGCUAACUGGCUUUAUUUGCUUCUUAAUCAAAUUGUCAUUCUUUAAUCCACAGACAUCCCAUGGAGACUAUGUAUGCAAGGCGACCUUACAUAUUUUCAUUAUUUAUCUCUUGAAUAAAUACUUGAGUUUGUCACUGUUGUGUAGGUCCUGGGGGGGGGAGGGGGGGUUUCUCUUCGCUAUCAUUGUGGCUUGCCUUUGUUGGCUAGCCAAGACAAGCCAAGAGGUCAAGGGGUAGAUGGCAUUCGAUUUACAGUAUUGCCCCAAGUCAGUGUGUCAUUGAGCUGAGUCUGCUCUUCGUCCCCAGAGGCAUAGCUGUCCCACGUCAAACCUGGAAACUUUCUGCUUGUCCACCUGAGUCACUGAGGCCCUGCACUAAGACAGACGUGUCUUCUGGGAUUCAUGAUAGCUCUGGGCUGCCUCAUGAGGCUUGUCUUUUGUUUCCUGUUAUUGUAGUUAUUUACAAACUCCACUGGAGAUCAGCUCUUUGAGUGUAGCACAUGGCCAUGUUUAUAAUAAGAUCCAGAAAUGUUGAUGCAGGUGCUGGGGCGUACUGAUGUAUUAACUGCGCCCCGGUAUCCCUUGCAAGCUUUGCCACACUCCCCAGCCGCAUCCAGACAAAGUAACCCAAGGUAGGUUAAGGCACUGGCCCAGAGAUUGCUAUGUGUGAUGUAGCUGGAGAAGCAUCCUUCUAGAUCUUCACCCUACCAUGGAGGAAGAUUGUGAUUACCAUUCAUACAAGACUCAAAGGUUUUUUUGUCUUACUGAAAAAAAGAAAAUCCCCACUAACUUUUGGACAUGAAGCAUCUCUAUGUUAUAAAGAAACGGAGUCUCUGUUGCUUAUAAAUAUAAUUUAUUACCUGUUUAAAAAUUCUUUCUUACAUUUGUACAUGUUGGCUGACAAGAGUAAAUGCAGGCAGUUUACAAACCAAGGGGACGGCAGGUAAAUUGGGUGAGGCAACCAGAGAGAGAAAAGAGGCACACCCAAAGCCGGUACACCUCAACCACACAGCAAGGCGAUGAGGAUGAGCAGAAUGCUGGAGAGCACUCCGCAGCCACUGGGGGUCAUUAGGAAAGGAGUUGCAUAGAAGAUACAGCAAGACAGAAUUCCAUAACAAAGGAAGGAAGAAGUGCUCCAUAUCUGAGAAGCCAAGGUCAUGUUGUUUUGCUAAAAAAAGAAAAACUGACAAAGCAUAAAAUUUCAACCUGAUACUUCUGAAGUUGAACUGGUCCAAAGAAGACAGCAGGAGGGUGACCCAGCUGCUUCUUCCUUUUUUUUUUUUUUUUUUUUU